AUGAGUGUGAUUCUUUGUACAGGUAUGUCACCUUCCCGCAUUUUGAUAACAUCCAUCAAUGCAGCUAACUGGCUGUCCAUGCUGGGUUUAGCGGGAUAUGACCAUAUUAUUCGAUUCUGGGAGGCCCUAUCAGGCAUAUGUUCCCGCACCAUCCAGCACCCAGAGUCCCAGGUCAACCGGCUAUGCAUCACUCCAGAUAAGCGUUUUGUGGCCGCUGCAGGCAGGCAUCGAGUGUACCUUUACGAUAUCCGAUCUACAAACCCAAAUCCAGUCAUGAAGUUCGACGGACAUACGAAUAAUAUCACCGGCGUCGCGUUCCACUGUGAAGGAAAGUGGAUGGUGACCAGCUCCGAGGACUGCACGGUGAAGGUGUGGGACGUUAGGUCUGGGACACUACAGAGAAAUUAUACUCACAAAGCCCCUGUGAAUGAUGUGGUUAUUCAUCCCAACCAAGGUGAAUUGAUUAGCGGAGAUGGCUCUGGCUUUAUCCGAGUCUGGGAUCUGGGUGAAAGCAGAUGUACCCACCAACUGAUACCCGAGGAAGAUGUGUCCGUGGCUAGUGUUAGCGUUGCCAGUGAUGGAUCUUUACUGUGUGCUGGAAAUAACAAGAACCAAGAUGAAACAAGCAUUGUCCCCGUUGCGACCUUCCAAGCGCAUAAGGACUAUCUGACUAGAGUGCUACUCUCGCCAGACGUCAAGCAUUUGGCAACCUGCUCAGCAGAUCAUACAGCCAAGGUCUGGUCUUUGGAUCCAGAAUAUGGGCCAGCAAAAAUGGCCGCUGCCGCCAGGGAGAAGGCAGCCAAGGAAGCCGCCCAAAAGACUCCUGGACCUGCUUCUGCGGCUACUUCUGUUACUGCUUCUCCAAACGGACAAAAAGGUGAAGCCAUAAAGACACCACCCAAGACCCGAACAGAAUGGAAUGGAAAGGGAUCUCCAGCCAGCGGUUCAAUCAUCGCAUCUGGCGGGAGUACAGAAAUAUCUGCCUCAGAACUUACCCAGAACGAUAGCUUUGUUUCGGAUCAGCCAUUUUCUUCUUUUCUUGAUGGACCACCUAUGGACCAUACCACAAAUACGCUUUUCCUGGAAACUACACUAGCCAGUCAUCAAAGGUGGGUAUGGGACUGUGCCUUCUCGGCUGACUCUGCAUACCUGGUUACAGUGUCUAGUGAUCACUGUGCACGUCUAUGGGAACUUUCGUCCGGGCAAAUCAUCCGACAAUAUCAAGGUCAUCAUCGUGGUGCGGUCUGUGUUGCCCUGAAUGAUUACUCCGAGCCGCGGUAA